CCCCCCAAAGUAGGGAUUGCUCACUGUGGUCCCACUGCCUUGCAGGCAGUGACCGGCAUUUGAUUCUGGGGCCAUGCAGCUGUUCAUUUCUUAACAAUUACAUGGUUGCGGUAUCUGGGAAAAUCCUUUGAGGUAUUUCAUAUCCUUGUGCCUGUGCUUCCCGGGUCACAUCGGGAUUACCAGGUUUCUUCCAAGUUCCUUUUAGGAACUUUGCCUUUAGCCUUUGAUGUGAUGGUUCCCAUCACAGAGAGCAAGACACACAGAUUGAGAAUGCACACCACACACGAAUGCAGGCUUUGUAAGCAAAAGCAAGUCGGUACACAAGUGUGUAUGCCAGCGGAACCUACCAAGGGUGGUGUGUGUAAGGUUUUUCUGUUUUGCUCACCUCUCUUGAAAAGCAGUGUACGGUGGAGUGGUUACUAAUUUGAUUGGACAUGGUAAUGAUGAAACGACACCCUGGGCCUACCAGAUCAGAAUCUCCAGGGCUGAGACUAAUGAAUCUGUAUUUUGAACAAGCUCUUUGGUGAUUCCGACUUGGGAAACAUUGGUGUACAUUGGCCAUCUGGACUCCUCCGGUCCUGUGGACAUUGACGCCAUCAGUGCCUCUUUGGAAGUUCCCUUUGCUUACUCUCUGGCUCCGGAGGACCAAUUUUGCCUUCUUGUGUAGACCACUUAGCUCACUGCCCUCUUGCCCUUGCUUUCUGCCUCUCCCCUCCCCUCCUCCGCAAAGGCUACAGUUAAUAGCAGCGGUAUGCCUUACAUAGGAAGAGGGGCUGAGGAAUUCAUAACAGAAGAGUGGGAAGCCAAGAGUUAAGCAAAUAUUCUGUCUUCUGGAUCUCAUGAAAAUAGGGGUGCCUUUAGGUAGUCCUAAAAUGUGUGAUAUUAUCUGGUAAUUAUUUUGUUUUUUUCUUGGUUUUCUUGUUGUUAUUUUUGCUUUGAGGGGUCUAAAAACUCCUUUAUCUAGGUGAUGAUAUUUUAUGUGUUGUGUUUUCAAAUGCCAGGCCUCAUUCUCCCCUCUGAUUUCUGUCCCAGGCACUACAAACUACUAAUCCCCUCUAAAUAGAACAAAAAUAAACCCAAGAGUGAAAAAGCAGUGGUGACUUGACUUAUAUCUGCUGCCUACAGAUAUUCAGAUAGGCACUAAACUCAAACUUUGUGUUAAAAUUCAUCUUGUGGCAAGUGUAACCCCUUUCAUUGCCUGAUUUAUUCUAAUGCUUCAUAGGGAGAAAAGAUUUUUAAAAAGUACCUGGUGUGUCAGUCAACGGGCUGAGCUGUUGUUUCUUAAACUGGGAUAUUCCAAGUUAGUCUAAGAAAAAGUCACAACUUGAUUGACCAGGAUGUUCAGGGAUGGGAUGGGAUCCUGGUGAACUGAUAUGAAGCAGACAGUCCAUCCAUUUGUCUUACCCCUCGUUGAAAUCUUUCUAAAAUCAUGCGUUAACCCACAUAGCUGUCUUAGGAAUGUUAAGGAUAGUUUUUAGAAAAAGGUAAAAUCAUGAGUCUUAUAUAGAUGUAAAAAUGAACAUGUGUUAAAGAUUUUAUUUUACUCAUUAAUCAGCCAGGGAACCAGACAGAUGUUCUAGCUGGUUCAGAGAAAAAGUCCAAAAGCACAAAUUUAUAUGGAGUAAAGGAAUUGAAUUGCAAAUGGAGGCAAAACUGGUUUUUCCACAAUGGGGAGGGAAGUCACUCCAAACUCUAUGGGACAAUACAGAGUUUGCAUAUCCAUCAGUUACCUGCAAUUUACAGAGGGGCAAAACAACUCAAAGACAAUGGACUAUGCUGGAAUCAUGCUGCUGCAAACGACGUGCUAUAGGGGGAGAGGCCACAGCAGGUCCUAUCUGGUGGUGAGUGGCUGUCAUGAUCUCGACAGCACCACUCUACAGCGGCGUGCACAACUGGACCAGUUCUGACCGGAUUCGCAUGUGUGGCAUCAACGAGGAGAGAAGAGCACCUCUUUCUGAUGAGGAGUCCACGACAGGUGACUGCCAGCGGUUUGGAUCUCAGGAGUUUUGUGUCAGCAGCAGUUUUUCCAAGGUGGAGCUCACAGCAGUUGGAAGUGGCAGCAAUGCCCGGGGGGCAGACCCAGAUGGCAAUGCAGCAGAAAAACUUGGGCACAAGUCAGAAGACAAGCCUGACGACCCCCAGCCAAAAAUGGACUAUGCUGGGAGCGUGGCAGAGGCUGAGGGCCUAUUGGUGCCACUGAGCAGCCCCGGAGACGGGCUCAAGCUUACCACUUCCGACAGUGCCGACGCUGCCAACAGCAGGGCUGACUGCUCCUGGGCUCCCCUCGGCACCCAAAUGAGCAAACAAACAGACUGCUCAGCAGCUGGGGUGAAGGCUUUGGACUCUCGGCACGGUGUUGGGGAGAAGAAUACUUUCAUUCUGGCAACUCUGGGGACCGGAGUCCCUGUGGAGGGAACCCUGCCUCUGGUCCCCACUAACUUUAGUCCGCUGCCAGCCCCCAUCUGCCCCCCCGCUCCCAGUUCAGCUUCCGUCCCCCCGUCUGUUCCAGAUCCAUUCCAGGUUCCCCUCUCUGUCCCCACCCCGGUGCCCCACUCUGGGCUUGUUCCCGUCCAGGUCGCCACCUCAGUUCCAGCCCCGUCCCCUCCCUUAGCACCAGUCCCAGCUCUGGCUCCAGCGCCGCCAUCGGUGCCCACACUCAUCUCUGAUUCGAACCCCCUUUCGGUUUCAGCCUCUGUCUUGGUGCCUGUGCCAGCUUCUGCUCCCCCCUCAGGUCCGGUCCCCCUGUCGGCUCCAGCCCCUACCCCCCUCUCGGUCCCAGUUUCGGCUCCUCCCUUGGCUCUGAUCCAGGCCCCUGUGCCCCCAUCAGCUCCAACCCUGGUCCUCACGCCUGUCCCCACUCCAGUUCUGGCCCCCAUGCCGGCGUCCACACCUCCGGCAGCUCCCGCCCCUCCGUCGGUGCCGAUGCCCACCCCAACCCCAUCUUCUGGCCCACCCUCCACCCCCACCCUCAUCCCUGCCUUUGCUCCCACGCCAGUGCCUGCGCCCACCCCAGCCCCAAUAUUCACUCCAGCCCCCACGCCCAUGCCGGCCGCCACACCGGCUGCCAUUCCCACCUCUGCACCAAUCCCAGCCUCCUUUAGUUUGAGCCGAGUAUGUUUUCCUGCAGCUCAGGCACCAGCUAUGCAAAAAGUACCCCUGUCCUUUCAGCCAGGGACAGUACUGACCCCGAGCCAGCCGCUGGUAUAUAUCCCACCUCCGAGCUGUGGGCAGCCGCUCAGUAUGGCCACGCUGCCAACCACUCUGGGAGUCUCCUCCACUCUCACACUCCCUGUCCUGCCUUCAUACCUUCAGGACAGGUGUCUCCCUGGUGUGCUGGCCUCCCCAGAGCUACGGUCUUACCCAUAUGCAUUUUCUGUUGCCCGGCCUCUGACUUCAGAUUCCAAGCUCGUCUCUCUGGAGGUGAACAGGCUUCCUUGUGCUUCCCCAUCCAGCAGCACCAGCACCCAGUCUGCACCCGAUGGGGUCCCCGGGCCUUUGGCAGAUACUUCCCUCUCUACUGCUUCUGCCAAGGUGCUUCCAACCCCACAGCCUUUGCUGCCAGCCCCCAGCGUGAGCUCAGCCCCGCCACACCCUGCCAAGAUGACAGGUGGUGCCGAGCAGCAAACAGAAGGGACUUCCGUCACCUUCUCUCCCCUCAAGUCACCUCCACAGCUGGAGCGAGAGAUGGCAUCUCCACCUGAGUGCAGUGAGAUGCCCCUCGACCUGUCCUCCAAGUCCAACCGCCAGAAGCUUCCAUUGCCCAACCAACGCAAGACACCUCCCAUGCCCGUAUUGACCCCUGUGCACACCAGCAGCAAGGCCCUCCUCUCCACAGUUUUGUCUAGGUCUCAGCGCACAGCCCAGGCUGCCGGUAGCAAUGUCACCUCCUGCCUGGGCUCUACUUCCUCGCCUUUUGUCAUCUUUCCCGACAUCGUGAGGAACGGGGACCCAAGCACCUGGGUGAAGAACUCGACUGCGCUGAUCAGCACCAUUCCUGGCACCUAUGUGGGAGUGGCCAACCCAGUGCCUGCAUCCCUGCUGCUGAACAAAGACCCUAACUUGGGCCUCAACCGAGACCCCCGCCAUCUCCCCAAGCAGGAGCCCAUCUCCAUCAUUGAUCAAGGAGAACCCAAGAGCACUGGUGCCCCCUGUGGCAAGAAGGGCAGCCAGGCUGGGACUGAGGGACAGUCAAGCACAGUCAAACGUUACACGCCAGCCCGCAUUGCCCCCGGGCUGCCGGGGUGCCAAACCAAGGAGCUCUCUCUGUGGAAGCCCACGGGGCCAGCAAAUAUUUACCCACGGUGUUCAGUUAAUGGGAAACCCACCAGCACCCAGGUCCUGCCUGUUGGCUGGUCACCAUACCACCAAACGUCUCUGCUUUCCAUUGGCAUUUCCAGUGCUGGGCAGCUGACGCCCAGUCAGGGGGUGCCCAUCAGGCCCACCAGCGUUGUUUCUGAGUUUUCUGGUGUGUCACCUCUCAGCCCCAGUGAAGCUGUGCAUGGACUUCCAGAGGGGCAGCCACGGCCUGGAGGCCCCUUUGCUCCAGAGCAGGACACUGGCACAAAGAACAAAACUUGCCGGAUUGCUGCCAAGCCUUACGAAGAACAAGUCAACCCUGUCCUCCUGACUCUCAGCCCUCAGACAGGGACCUUGGCACUGUCUGUCCAGCCUAGCAGUGGGGACAUAAAAGUGAAUCAGGGGCCUGAGGAAUCCGAGAGCCACCUCUGUCCUGACAGCACUCCUAAGAUGGAAGGUCCCCAGGGGGCUUGUGGCCUGAAGCUGGCAGGAGAUACGAAGCCUAAAAACCAAGUGCUGGCCACCUACAUGUCCCACGAGCUGGUCCUGGCCACCCCCCAGAACCUGCACAAGAUGCCCGAGCUGCCUUUGCUACCUCAUGACAGCCGCCCCAAGGAGCUCAUCAUGGAUGUGGUCCCGAGCAGCAAGAGGGGCUCCGGCACAGAGCUUUCACAGCUUGGAAGUCAGGUGGACCUGGGGCGGGUGAAAAUGGAGAAGGUGGAUGGUGACGUCGUCUUCAAUUUAGCCACCUGCUUCCGCACCGAUGGCCUCCCAGCAGCUCCCCAGAGGGGCCAAGCUGAAGUUCGGAAUAAGGCUGGGCAGGCUCGAGUGAAACAGGAAAGCAUGGGUGUCUUUGCCUGCAAGAACAAGUGGCAGCCAGACUCAGUGGUGACCGAUGGGGUGACCGAAUCUCUGCCGCCCAAGAAGAUGAAGUUUGGCAAAGAGAAGGAUGCUGAGGAGCAGCAGCCACAAACCAAGGUCAUAGUCCGGAGUUCCCAUGGACCCAAGUGCCGGAAGCCACCUAGUGACCCCCAGGAACCCACCAAGAAGAGCCCCAGGGGGGCUUCAGAUUCAGGAAAAGAGCACAAUAGAGUCAGGGUAAAGCACAAGCACCGGAAGCCAACAAAGCCGGAUUCCCAGUCUCCAGGAAAACGAGCCGAUGGCCAUGAGGAAGGUUCCUUGGAGAAGAAAGCAAAGAGCAGUUUCCGUGACUUCAUCCCCGUUGUUCUGAGCACACGGACGCGCAGUCAGUCUGGAAGCAUCUGUAGCUCCUUUGCUGGUAUGGCAGACAGUGACAUGGGAAGCCAGGAGGUCUUCCCCACAGAGGAGGAAGAAGAUGUGACCCCCACCCCAGCUAAGCGUCGAAAGGUGAGAAAGACCCAACGGGACACCCAGUAUCGCAGCCACCAUGCCCAGGACAAGACUCUCUUGAGCCAGGGCCGCCGGCACCUGUGGCGAGCCCGAGAAAUGCCCUGGAGGACAGAGGCUGCCCGGCAAAUGUGGGACACCAAUGAGGAGGAGGAGGAAGAUGAGGAGGAAGGCCUGGUGAAGAGGAAGAAGCGGAGACGACAGAAGAGCCGAAAAUAUCAGACUGGGGAGUACCUGACGGAGCAAGAAGAAGAGCAGCGGCGAAAAGGGAGAGCAGAUUUAAAGGCCCGUAAGCAGAAGACUUCCUCCCAAAGUUCGGAGCACCGCCUCAGAAACAGGAACCUUCUCUUGCCCAGCAAAGCCCAGGGGAUCUCGGAUUCACCAAAUGGUUUCCUCCCGAAUAACCUGGAGGAGCCAGCCUGCCUUGAGAAUUCAGAAAAGCCAUCAGGAAAACGAAAGUGCAAAACCAAGCACAUGGCGAAUGUCUCAGAAGAGGCAAAGGGCAAAGGUCGUUGGAGCCAGCAGAAGACGCGAUCUCCCAAAUCUCCCACCCCAGUGAAACCCACCGAACCAUGCACACCUUCUAAGUCCCGAAGUGCCGGCCCAGAGGAGGCCUCCGAGUCACCUACAGCCCGGCAGAUCCCCCCAGAGGCACGUCGGCUCAUAGUGAACAAGAAUGCAGGCGAGACCCUCCUGCAGCGGGCAGCACGUCUUGGCUAUAAGGACGUUGUUCUCUACUGCCUCCAGAAAGACAGUGAGGACGUGAAUCACCGCGACAACGCUGGCUACACAGCCCUGCAUGAGGCCUGCUCCAGGGGCUGGACGGACAUCCUGAACAUCCUGUUGGAGCACGGGGCUAAUGUGAACUGCAGUGCGCAGGAUGGCACGAGGCCAGUUCAUGAUGCAGUGGUCAAUGACAACCUGGAGACCAUCUGGCUCUUGCUGUCUUAUGGGGCCGACCCCACACUGGCCACCUACUCGGGACAGACAGCCAUGAAGCUGGCCAGCAGUGACACCAUGAAGCGUUUUCUCAGCGAUCACCUCUCAGAUCUUCAGGGCCGGGCAGAGGGUGACCCUGGUGUGUCCUGGGACUUCUACAGCAGUUCUGUGUUGGAAGAAAAAGAUGGCUUUGCCUGUGACCUCCUCCAUAAUCCUCCUGGGAACUCUGAUCAAGAAGGAGAUGAUGUGGAAGAGGAUGACUUUAUGUUUGAGCUCUCAGACAAGCCUCUUCUCCCUUGCUACAACCUCCAAGUGUCAGUGUCCCGCGGGCCCUGCAACUGGUUCCUCUUUACCGAUGUCCUGAAGAGGCUGAAGCUUUCCUCCAGGAUCUUUCAGGCUCGGUUCCCGCACUUUGAAAUUGCCACCUUGCCCAAGGCUGAGUUCUACCGGCAGGUGGCCUCCAGUCAGCUUCUGACCCCAGCCGAGAGGCCCGGAGGCAUGGACGACAGAUCUGCCCCAGGCUCCUCUGAGACUGUGGAGCUGGUGCGGUAUGAGCCAGAGCUACUUCGGCUCCUGGGGUCUGAGGUGGAGUUCCAGCCGUGGAACAGUUGACCGGGAAAACAGCCCCUCCCUUUUCUUCUUUCUCCUCCCUUCACCCUUCCCCACUUCCCAUGUCUUUCCCCCACCGAGCACCAGACUGCAGAAUGAGGCAAUAAUACGGACCAACAAGAAGCCGCCUUAUCAAUGCCAGCAUUAGUGACUGGAUUUUUUUUUCUGGUUAUAAUUAGUUCUCAUCUCCCUGUCAUCGUCAUUGUUGUUGUGGUUGGUGAUGGGGGUGGAAAGUUGAAUUCCACGUCUGAGGGCAAGAGGUCCCGGGGAUGGUGGGAGGUGGUGCCAGGGUCCCUUGGGGUGGCCUCAGCCUGUCCGGAGGAGAAAUGAGAAAAGGCCAAAUCUCUGAGCGCCCCCUCCGUUCCCCUGUGUUCUUCUGUCUUCCAUAGUAUUUAUUUUAUUAGUAUUUAAUUUGUAUUGUUUCAUUGGUUUCUGAUAAGUCUGUAUCACUGUGACGAUUUGAGACAACUUGUUGUAUUGAGGGACUUUCUUCACCUCCUUUCUUUGUCUUUCUUGAUAAGCUUUGGAGCUGCCCCCUCCCUCUGACAGUUACUCCCAGGUUUGUUUUCACCCCACUGGGGAGGGGGCAGGUGGGGCAGGGGGCCGAGGACCCGUGACUGAUGAAGGUGGCUGGUGCUGGCCUGGGGCUGGGGGGAUUGAGGAUAAUCCUGAGGCUUUGGUGCUCCCCCCCCCCCAUUUUUUAAUUGUUUUACCACCUGCCCUUCACAGCAGCCCUGUCUCGAGAUUAGGGAGGUUUCUGGGGAGGGGUGGAUUGUGAGGGCGAGGGGCUAGUGAGUCACUCUGCUUGGGGAGAGUCAAGAAUGGGAGUGAAAGCUAAGGUCACCCCUCCUCACACUUCCUUCACUGCUCCCCUCAGAGUGCACAACAUGGGCUUGUUCCACGUCUCCUCCGCCCACCCCCGCACCUCCAUCCACCCCACCCCUUUCUGCCUUUGCCCCUUCUGGAUGCUGAGGCUCUCAGCUCCCAGCCCUUGCCUAUCACCUCUCCCCUUCCCAGAUUCAGCACCCACUUUCUCUCUCCUCCCUGCUUCUCCCUCUGCCCCCCAUUCUCCUUUGGAAUCUGCAGAGGGCUCUGGGAUUGAUGGCCAGAUGUGAGAUCCAGGCCUCAGCUGUUUCCUAGGUGAGGGCAGGAGGCUGGGCUCCAGCCGGGCUCCACUCCCACCUCGCCUCAGGACCUGGGGCUGAGUGUGGGGCCCCUGCCAGGCCUCCCUCCUGGCCUCCAGCACUGGGUUUGUUGAAGGAGAGAAAGGGAGAGAGGGGAGGAGCUUGGGCUGUUUCCCUGUCCCUUCCCCCCUCUGUGGCAUUGUCUUUCCUACUCUUGUUCUUAUUUUUCUACCAAUUGCUAUUUUUUCCAAACAAUCCUUGUAGAGAGUAUGUACCAUCUAAAGGCAGGAGGGCCUGGCUAUGGCCAGCUGAUUGGAGAUGGUACAGUUUUAUUGUACAGGUGCUAAAACAACAACAACAAAAGAAGAACAUGGAAAAAAAAAGACAAAAAAAAAUGGCAAAAAAAAAAAAAGCCAGUUUGAGGAUGGGACAAUCUGUUCUCUGGAGACUCCUGACCCAUGUGGGAGAUUGGUGGUUAUUUUCUUUGUAUUGUGUUUGUUCUUUGUUCCCAGGGGGAAGUUCAAGGCCCCCUUCUGUAGGACUGCUCCCCACCCCCACCAUACUGCCCAGUUGGUUUUGAACAGUUGUUCUCCCUUUAAAAAAAAAAAAUAUAUAUAUAUAUAUAUAUAUAUACAUAUAUAUAUAUAUAAAGUUGAGGGGUUUGGGGUUUUAAUUUUUUGGUUUUGUGGGGGUUCAUGGUAUUGUGUGGUUUAUUUUAUGUUUGCCUUUACCUUUUUGCAUUUGGGUGUGUAUUCUGGCUGCCCUUUAUGUUUCAUUUUAAGCAACUGGCUGUGGAGUCAAAAACACUUGCAUACUGAAAACCUG